CUUUCACAUGUUUGUAAGUCCUCCGGUGUGUAGUUCUGUGUUAUUAAUUAAUGUCAUAAAUGAAUGAUGCGUUCACGAGGAGUCUGAGACAAACUCACUACAAGAGUUCUUCUGAAGUUCUCAAUCCAGUUUAAAGAUGAGCUCAGACGAGUCAGACAUUCCUGGAGGUCUGCUGGAGAGUGUUCAAGAUGCUGUGGGUCAGCAGGUCAAGCUGUGUGCUGUUAAGAAGGUGAACCUAGAGGUCAAAGGUGACAAACUGGGGGUCAGAAUCCUGGCUCUCGCUGCUCAUCGAGUGUUCCUGCUGACCGCACGAGUCCCUGUUAAAGUUGAACUGUCUUUCAGUGUGUUUGACAUUCAGUGUAUCAGCAGCGUCAAACAGAAUCAGUUGUUGUUGGACUAUGACAGAGGCCAGCUGUCUGUGAGACUCACGUCUGAUCAGGAAACUGAUGGUGUCAUUGCUCUGAUAGGAACAAACAUAAAGGAGAUCUGUCCAGGACUCAAUCCCCUGAGGGUAAUAAAGAGACUUAUCUUGAAGCCGGUCGAGAGAACCAUCAGUUUACAGACACUAUGGGAGAAUCACAACACAACCGAAGCAGGACCCUGCGGUGGUUUCUCACGUUUAUACUGGUGUGUUUGUGAUCAAUUAGGAGUUCCCUACAGAGAUGAAGUGCAGUGGGACGUGGACACUAUCUAUCUGUCUCAGGAUACCAGAGAUUUAUGUCUUCAAGACUUCAUCCACCUGGACAACAGGGAUCUGAUGGCGAUCAUCGCUGCUCUGGAGUUCAAUCAUUGGUUCAUCAAACUCUCCAUAAAGGACUUUAAACUGACAGCAGAUCUGUGUGAUCAGAUAUUGAGAGUUGUGUCUCGAUCCACAAUCUUAGAACAACUGACUCUAGACAACACAGGACUCAAGAGUGAUUUUGCGUUGAAGUUUGCUGGUGCUUUAAGCCAAAAUCCACAUUCAGCUUUACAUACAAUCAAUCUGGCCAACAACUCACUUGAAGACAAAGGUGUUGCUGCUCUGAGUUCUUCGUUGUGUAAACUCACACCUGGACUCAAACACCUGGACCUGAGCAAGAAUUCACUCACAAUAAAAGGUGUGAAUAUUCUGGCUCUGUGUUUUUGCUCCAAUCCCUCCAUCUAUAACACACUCACACACCUUAAUCUCUCUGGAAACGCACUCAAAGGAGAUGACAUGCCUAAUAUGUGGAGUUUCCUGGGUCAACCGAAUAGUCUCCACACUCUGGAUAUGUCAAACAGCGAUUGUUCUCUCGAUCUGGUAUGCUCCUCACUUUUACGUGGUUCUCUGAAACACCUAUCAGUUCUCAACAUGUCAAGAAGUGUCUUCAGGAAAAGUAAAGAGUUCCCCUCAUCCUUUAAGCAGUUCUUCAGCUGCUCAGUGUCACUCAAGACCGUCUGUCUGUCUGGAACCAGACUACCUGCUGAAGGCCUGAAAGCUCUACUCUUGGGUCUGGCCUGUAACUCAAACCUGCGAGAUGUUUCUCUGGACAUCAGCAGCUGUGAGUUGCGGUCGACCGGCUCUCAAAUCCUAGAAGGUUGUAUUGCUGAGAUUCCAAACAUCACCAGUCUGGACAUAUCUGACAACGGUCUGGACUCUGAUCUGUCUACACUGCUCAUGUGGCUCUCAAAGAAUCGCUCCAUCAAACAUCUGUCUAUCGGCAAGAACUUCAACAACAUCAAAAUGAAGAAUCUUGGGCAGGUUCUUGUCGCUCUGAUCCACAUGAUUCAAGAGGAGGAAUCUCCCCUGUCAUCGCUGUCUCUAGCGGACUCACGGUUGAAAGCUGAUCUGUCUGUGUUUUUGAACGCGGUGGGCAGUAACAGCAGUCUCACUCAUCUAGACAUCAGUGGAAAUAAUAUGGGUGAUUUUGGGGCAAAAAUGCUUGCUAAAGCCCUGCAGAUCAACACCAAACUCAGGACAGUGAUUUGGGAUCGUAACUGUGUCAGUGUUCAGGGGCUACAGGACGUGGCUGCAGCUCUGGAGAAGAAUUACACCAUCAGGUUCAUGCCAGUUCCCAUCACAGACGCAGCACAAGCUCUAAAGAACAACCCUGAGAAAACAGAAGACGUCCUGAUGAAGAUGGAGCAGUAUCUGUUACGUAAUCAUGAGAGCAGAAGAUAUCUGCGGGAACAAGCAUUCAGACUGCAUCAGGGAAUCAUGACCAGCACUACACAACAGUUAAUGGGGCAGGUGUGUGUACAGGUUCAAGAUAAGUUGAAUUCACUGCGCUUCAGUGCGAGUGACAGAGUUCAACAGGACAUGAAGACAGCAGAGAAACUGAUGACAGACGCCAAGAACUCUAGAACUCUGUUGUCCAGUCUGUAUCACCUGCGUUCAGAUGGGCGUGUGGCGGGCGUCAGUGACGGGUCAGAGGCUGUGUGUGUGCGGCAGGUGCAUGAGAAACUGAGUUUAGUUGCAGGAGAAAUCAGCGCUGUCAUAGACAAACAACUGCAGAGUAUGUUGUUGUCGAUGUUGGACACCGCAGCAAGUGUGUGUCCUCACAUGAUGCAGAAGGCGAGUUUGCGUGAUCUUCUACAUACUACUGAGGGGAAGAUGAGUGUGACACAAGCCUUCAUCACCUCCACACUGCUGGAGCAGUCCGCCAUUGACAUCAUCAACAAGAUCAGUGAAGUGAAGUUCAGCAUGGCAUCAUGUCUCUCUGAUUACAUCACUGAUGAGAUCUUACAGUCUCUCUCACACUCACAACACACACUGGCGGCUCAUCUGAGCAGACAAGCUCAUCAGCCGCUGCUGGAUCACGACUCACAUGAGACGGAAGUUCUAGACGAGACAGAAAUGCAUACACACAACCUGAUACAAGCAGAGCCAGAGGUCACACAUAGAAACAAGAGGAAGACUGUUUACAGCCAAAUGUUCAGACCCAUGUCUUCGGCCUUCGAGCUGGGCUUUGAUCUGUGUAAGGCGUUAGAGGACAUGUCCACCCAUGUGUAUGACCUGGCCCCGCCCCCAUCACUGACCCCGCCCCCACCAAUGUCCCCGCUCCUGCCUAUGACCCCUGUGGAGGUGGAGCCAGAGCAGCCUCUGGCUGUGCAUUUCAAUGAACUCAUUUCAGUAGACACGCCCUCUCUACAACACGUGACCAAAUACAGACCGCGACGCACCAAGAAGGCCAAACCCAGCAGAGCAGCGCCAAUCAGAAAAGACUCCUCACAGGAAGUGGAUCCGAGCAUCAUUGUUGAUGAAGGACUGCAAGAGUUUUACUACAAAAAAGUCAACAACAUCGGACCAAAAUCGAGUGUUGUGGAUGCAGAGAAGAAGAGAGAGUCGCGCAUAAGCGGCUUCUUUGACCUCAUCAAACAUCGCUCGUCCACUAAAACCACCAGCACCACGCCCAGUGCCACGGCAACAACGACUCCAACAGAAACAAACGCCCAACCCCCAAAGCUCGUGGUGACACUAAAUGACCCUGUGCCAGAGCAUGUGGCACCUGAGGUCAGAGGUCACGUGCAGGAAGGUGUUAAACAUGACAGUCCGCUGAUGGGGCGACACAUGGGCGUUCAGGUGCUCGGCAGUGACCUACUAGCAGAAAUACGAGCCAAACAAGAAAAACGCAAAAAAGACAAAGUGAUUGUGUCUCCAACUGUCACAGUUCAGUCUGAACUGCAUGAUGAAGGUGGGACUACUAAACACACAUCGUCAGCGCUCCAGAAACACACCAGAACUGAACACACUGUCCAAUUUGUCACCUCCAAACACACACACGAAUACACACCUGAACACACACACACAUCCUCAAAGCAAGACUCAAGACAUCCAUCCACAUGUUCUGAUGUCAUCUCGUCCGGUCCGACUGCUGUUCUUCAGUCCAACAGAACCAUUUCUCCUCCUCCUCUGGAGAUCAUCACAGAGUUUUCCACAGGAGACUCCUCCCCUACUCUGCCGGCUCCGCCCCCAAGUCAGUGGGUGGUGUUGUCAGAUACUGAGAGUCCUGUCACUCACAGCUCAAAGGGUGGAGACUCACCUGAUAUCUCUCUGGGCUCUCCUGCUGAUGUGUUUGAAACAGACUCACACACACUGACCAUCGAGAGGUCCAUAUCCUGCGUCCAGUCCAGACCCGACCCAACAGACGACUCCACUGACCGACAGCGCACAAAGUCCCUCCCUACAGCUGAUGUGACCAAUCACAUCUCUUGAUUUAUUAAUUGGCAGAAUCAUAAUGUGAUGUGCAGAGAAGUGAAUACAGCAGAGCAACAGUGAACCCUAGAGGUCCAUAAAGGAACUGCAGGAGUUUGUAAGAAAUAUACCUGCUUUUAAUAUUAGAGCUGAAACUUUUUAGGUGUUAAAGGAAUAUUCCGGCUUCAAUACAAGUUAUGCUCAAUCAGCAGCACUUGUGUCAUAAUGUUGAUUAGCACAAAAAGUAAUUUCGACUCGUCCCUCCUGUUCUUUAAAAAAGCACAAAUGACACUUAUAAUGGAAGUCAAUGGGGACAUUUUUAGAGGGUUUAAAGGCAGAAAUGUGAAGCUUAUAAUUUUAUAAAAGCACUUACAUUAAUUCAUCUGUUAAAACUUGUGUUUUAUUUGAGCUGUAAAGAUGUUUAAAUCAUUUUAUGGUUUUAGGGUUUGUUGACAUUAUGUCGUCAUGGCAACGACAUUGUAUAAUUGUCUAUAUCUUCACACAGAUUUAAUGACAGUAAAAUCAUGUUAACACACAUAUUGUUUAUGUCUUGUGUCUAUACUUCUGAAACAGUAUUUUAAUGUUUAUAGAUUAAACCCCAUUGACUUGCAUUGGAAGUGUCUCACUAAUUCCACAGUCCAAAAGAUUAAAAAAACACACAAAGUGAAAUACGAUUUCUGGAAGUCAUCAAAUACAAGCGUCUCUUUUAUGCACCGAUCACUGCUGCUAUAAGCCCCAAAUAACUCAAAACUUUAUUUCUGCUUUUACCUUAAAUUUCUAAAAAAUGAUCCACUGUUUCCUCGUCUGUGAGCUUGUGUGUAUUAUCCAAAGUUAUAUCUUACAAGUCCAGAAAACAAUAUACCAUCCAGAAGGAAAAUCAUGCAGAACAAAUCAUCUAUUGAUGCUAAAACGUAAUAUAUAUUUCACUGUGACCGAUUCAGUGAUGUUCAGUAUGAGGUUUGAUUUAUUUGUCUUUUAGAGGCUUUUCUCUGUACAACAAGAACAAAUAUUUUAGAAAUAUUUUCUUAUGGUGUAAUAUACUGUAUAACCAUCAUAUGUUUAGAGGGAAACUUGUUAAUACUUUAAGCUCGAACGGGUGAUUAAAAAAAAUAUGAAAAACUGCAGUCUUGAUCAACACAAAAUAGGUUUCAUUUGAAAGUUUAGAUGCUAUAAUUUACAAUGCAUGUAGAUAUUAUGACCAUUUAUUAAAGAAAUCACAUUGUUCAUUUUAUUGUAAUCAGUCAAAACAUCAAACUCAUCAAAUAGUCAUGUGUUAUAUGUUGUUGUAAAGCACUUAAAGACUAAAAUACAACCAGACUAUUUGUUUUACUCGCUAAAUAUAUGUGUUUGACUAUUAUGUUGGUGUUGCUUUCAUGCAGCUUUUUUGCUUAUAACUUCCUAAAUAAUAACUGGAAUAUAAAAUAUCACAUAUGAUUAUUUAGAGUCUGUGAUCAUCUUUCAAUGGAGUCCACCCACAAGAUAAUCAGAUGUAUAGAUCAUUAGAUAAUCCACAUGAAGCACAAUGUUACAUAUGACCACCAGGAGAUGGCGCCAAAUACACGACACAGACUCAAUGAUGACUCAAAUGACACAGAAUGAAACUCAUUCUGUGAAAUCUCAUGACUAAAAUCAUGUCUGCAUGCUAUGCAAACCUUUAGUCAUUGUUGUGUUUGCAUGUGUAAUUAGUUCUUAUGUACAAUUAUUAUCUUUUAUUUGUUUGGAGAUGUUUUUGGACACUAUGAUCAAUUAUAUUUGUAAUGUUGGAACUUUUGAUUGCUUUCUCGUAUCAACACAAAACUUUCCUCAGAUACAGUCGACAUGAUUGAGAACAAAACAAAAGCAGUUUAUCAGAGCCGCAUUAUUUACACACAGAGAUAUUUAAUGUCAAAUCAGAAAAUUGAGAAAAAUAACAUUUUUGGCUAAAUUGUUUUUCAUGGUUUUUAAUGGUUUCUUAGGCUGAGCGUCUCAGAAUGUAUCAUAAUCUAUAUCAUUUGAAAAGUGUUCUUUGCAAUGACACCAAACACUUCACCCUCCUUGUUUUAUUUUGUAUUUUAUUUCUAUUAUUUGUCGAGUUACCCUUUCAUUUGGUGUAUACCGCUGAAACGUCUUUAAAAACACCUUCAGAGCUUCAAGGGUUAAACGUGUCCUGGUGGUCGGGCUUGAUUAACAUGAUAUAUCUCCAUUUUACAAUCAGAAACUUAUUUUCAUUAUUCUUAUAGCUGUAUGUCUGUCUCGUUCAUCAGUUGUAUGUGUAAUAAUUAUAUGAGGUGAAUAAAUGUAAUUUUGGACCAGUAUCAGUGUCUGAGUGUCCGUUCG